UGAAUCAGGAGGAAAAGCACUGGCUGAAGCUUUAUGCAAAAAUACCUCCUUAACUAAUUUAGAUUUUAAUGCUGGUGAAUCAGUAAGAAAAGCACUAGCUGAAGCUUUAUGCAAAAAAACCACAUUAACUAAUUUG